AGGCUCAACAGUUCCUUGCGAGCGGUUCCAGCGUUAGCACGUGCUCGGUAGUGCUUCCAACAAGCGGUUCGACGCGGACCACGCUUCCGGUGAAGGGAAAUUUCCACCAACGGACCAACCAACGCACCGUGAGUUCAGUGCAGUGCAGUAGUGGGUUGUGAGUUCGCCGUUGGUUGGAGCUUUAUUACAGCAGACGUGACGUUUGCGGCGGAUGAUCCUCCUUCUGAGAAGCCGAAGCCACCAGGUGUGGUGUAGUGUUGCGUGCGGUGGCGGUUGAGUGCACAGCAGGAGUAGUUCCCCGAGGGAGGGCGAGGUCUCAAGAGAUUUUAGGGAGGGACCGAGCAAAUGUGUUCGACUGGAAAGAAACUGCCGGACGACGACUGGGAGACAUCGUAGAAAAGUGAUUAAAUGGAAAAAUACAGAUUUUUUGUUGUUGUUCGAGUGUAUGAAAAACGUAACGAGAAAUCAUAAAGUUCGUAGUUUUGAUUGAAUUUCGCGCUUUAUUGUUCGAGUGUGGGACGGUAAGGGCCACAUGGUAAUCGAAAAGUUAUCGUGAUGAGAAUAGUGAAACCAAACCAAUGAACAAAGUGCACAAGGAAAAAUUGUUCAACUUUUAAUACCCGAUUUGAUGGACUGAAUAAUAGUUAACACAAGGAUUAUAAAAGUGAUCGGUUGCAUAAAAAAAUUCCAUUUGGUUUUUAUUGAUUCAGGCGACAAAAAAUACUCCAACGUUAGCCAGCAUCCCCAGCGGAAGCUUGACAGUGAGUCGUAAUCUCUUCCUGCCCAAGGAGCAACACGAAUCAACAGCCAGCACCAGCUAUUCAACAAACCACGAAGAAUAAAAACGUAACUGCGCGGAAAAGUGCAUCGUUAAUAGCGGUGAAAAUCUCGCUUUCUUUUUGUCUAGUUUUUAGCUCCGAAAAUGCGGUCGCCGGGAGCCAUCCAGCGAACCAUAAACUAAACUGCAGCAGUGCUCACCUGGCGACCGGUGGCCGGAAUGAAUUGUUCGGAAAAAGCGACGGAAAUAGUUUAUGUUUUAGUCAGCGACGCCAUCGCUUAUUGCCUUGACGCCCGAACAGAACAGGUUUGCGGUCUUUUUUUUUCUGUUACUCCACAAAAGUUAUUUCCUGCAUCCGCAAUUGUAGAUUGUUGAAAGGAAAGCAACUCUAGUAUAAUUACACUUUUAAAACGGUGCAACUUUUUAUUCUUUUCAAUUUGAAGUAAAAUAUGAGACACAUAAAGGACAAAGUGCGGGGCCGAGUGAACUUCAAAUAAAGUACAUACAAAAGUUGGAAAGCGCUAUUUUUAGAGCGCUUCAGAGUGUUUGGAACAAUCGCAGUUUUUCAACAUCAGAGAAUCGACCGAAACGUAGCGCAACACGUUGGUCAUAGUGGCGGACUACGAGGAUUUCAGCUCCUUUCCGCCCGAUCUCUUCGAAGCGUUCGAGAAUAGCACCGAGCUAGAAUGUCUGCUGCAGGCCCACCUGGAUGCACAAUCCGCGACUCCAUUCGAUGGCUGUCCGGUGGACUUUGACCGGAUCCUGUGCUGGCCAAAAACACCACGUGCCACCUGGGCGGUGCUUCCAUGCUUCGAAGAGUUCAAGGGUAUCCAUUAUGAUCCCACACAAAACGCCACCCGCUUCUGCCACCCGAACGGCAAGUGGGACAACUACAGCCAUUACACGGCCUGUCAUCACAUGGGCGACCAACCGCCGGAUAUAGUGGAAGUCACGUCUAUCAUCUACUACACCGGAUACAUCAUUAGCCUAGUUGCGCUAAGCCUCGCUGUGAUAGUCUUCGUCUACUUCAAGGAUUUGCGUUGUUUACGUAACACGAUCCACGCAAACUUAUUCAUCACCUACAUUCUGUCCGCCCUAAUGUGGAUGACCAUCCUGACGCUGCAGCUAUCAAGCAACUCAAGCAGCACGAGCUGUGUAAUAUUCGUUACGCUUCUGCACUAUUUUACCCUCACCAAUUUCUUCUGGAUGCUAGUAGAAGGACUCUAUCUGUACAUGCUGGUUGUGGAAACUUUCUCCGGCGAUAAUCUACGCUUCAACAUGUACGCUGCCAUUGGAUGGGGAGGUCCCGCUGUUUGUGUGGUGCUAUGGGCAAUUGCCAAGGGCAUUGCCAUCUCUGGCCAAGAUAGAGCUGCUACGCUCGAAAUCGAAUGUUCCUGGAUGCGUGAAUCGGUUGUGGACUGGAUCUUCCAGGGUCCGGUAUGCGUGGUGCUUAUCAUCAAUCUCGUUUUUCUGAUACGAAUCAUGUGGGUACUAAUCACAAAGCUACGCUCGGCAAAUACGGCCGAGUCACGGCAAUAUCGCAAAGCAUCGAAGGCACUACUGGUACUGAUACCGCUUCUAGGCAUCACGUACCUGGUGGUACUGGCAGCACCGGCCGAGGGGGUCGUGAGUGACAUUUUCGCCAUCGCCCGGGCGUUACUGCUAAGCACACAGGGUUUCUCGGUUUCGCUGUUCUACUGCUUCCUCAACUCAGAGGUCCGACUAGCCCUGCGGCAUCGGCUGGAACGCUGGCGGGACGAACGGAACAUCCGGCUGGGUCAAAUCCGCCAGCGAAGUCGCCGACCGCUAACCUAUAACAAACGGGAAAGCUGCGCAUCUUCGGCAACAACGACAACCCUGCUGGGACCUCCUGCAGUUUCUCACGGUGGUAAUACAGCACGAGGCUCCAACGGAACUCUACAUCUAUACUCUAGCGGGGUACCGAGGGCAAUCAGUCCGUUGAUGCAGAACCUUGAAGAAAACUCUGUCUAAACAACGGUUGAAUCUCUACAUCUGUUAGCUACGAAAUAUACUGUAAAUAUACAAUCACUGUUAAAUAUCACCGUGCAAUAGUUGUUAGCAUUUAGGUAUGAAACAAAUCUUUCCAUCGUUCGAUUUCUAAACUGUCAAAAUUAGUCAAUCAAGUUCGAAAUCACAUUGCUUCUUUCUCUUUGUGUUAAAUAAUCAGACUAUUCAGUAAUAAAAUACGCUCUCCAAUAGAUAAUAAAACCCUAUUUUGAUUUAUUGCACUCUGAAUUGAGCUUUUUUUUAUUCGAAUCAAUAACUGAAAAAAAUAAAUAACUUCCAUGGCGUAGAAAUAGUAAAAACCGAAAGACUGUCGCUUUCACACUCGUGUACAUAGACGUUAGCACAAUACAACACGGCAAAAAUCAACAACAGUCCAUCUUUCUAUCGGUGUGAUUUAGUCCGAUUUGUAUACUCAACAUGUGUAUAACUGUUUUCGAGCUAUAAAAGUACUUUUUUAACUUGAA